AUGUUCUUACAGUACAAAAGAGCUCAAUACAAUAAUAAAGGUGCGUGCUCUGUUAUUAUACCGGAGGAGUUACCUUCGCUGCUAUCUGUCGCAUAUUCAAAUAUUCCUCCAAUCAAAAAAGGUACUGAUUCUCGCGUGGGCUUCGGUUUUGCGUUCGGCAACCAUGCAGACUUCCAGGUCAUGUUCGAGCUUGGGCCACAGACCAACACCAUGAAUCUAACGGGACAGCCUUUUCCCACGAACAAUAAACGGCAGGCGCCACCGUUGCCUUCCCAAAAAAUAAACAAGAAUAGAGAAAAGUUCCUCCAAACGGACGCAGGGAAAUACCUUCAAGGUUGGGCGCAGAAGAUGAAAAAUCCACAAAAGGGAUUGCAUAAAAUAUUCGAAAAUAGACCAGGAGAGGUUCCUAAUCUAGAAGAUUCCAUGGUAGAGUUGGUAAAGAACGACAAAGGGGAGUAUGAAAUACACCAACCGCGGCCGGGGAAUAUGCCUCAACAUGUCUUGGACAAACUGAAAAGAUUAUACGGACAGAAGAGAGAGGAAGCGCAGAAGUUGAGUGAGCAGAAGAGAACUGACGAAGAGGUGCGGAAAAUUACUGAAGAUUUGUCUAACGUCGAUUUGGAU